CACAGACCCUGACUGAAGGCAGAUCUUAACUCUUUUCUCUCUCAGGAUUUCAGGUGUACCAAUGGAACCUCUCUCAGUGUCAACCAACAGCUUCACUCUGGAUCUUUACAAAAAGCUGAAUGAAACUUCCAAAGGCCAAAACAUUUUCUUUUCUCCUUGGAGUAUUGCAACUGCCCUUGCCAUGGUCCACCUGGGUGCAAAAGGUGACACCGCAACCCAGAUGGCUGAGGUUCUUCAUUUUAACCGGACUGCAAGAGAAGAAGGUCCAUCUGAGACAACAAGGCCUUCUCCAGGAAGACCAAAGAAAAGAAAGAUGGAUCCUGAGAACGAGGGAGCAGAAAACAUCCACUCUGCCUUCAAAAAGCUCCUGUCUGACAUCAACAAACGCAGAAGCACUUACUUGCUGAAGAGUGCCAACAGAUUGUAUGAAGAAAAGACCUACCCAUUAUUGCCUGAGUUCUUACAACUCAUUACAAGCUACUACAAUGCAAAGCCACAAGCUGUAAACUUUAAGAGAGCUGCAGAACAAGUCAGAGCACAGAUCAAUUCAUGGGUAGAAAACAAAACUGAGAGGAAAAUACAGAGUCUGCUGCCUGCAGGAUCUCUGCAUUCUCGCACUGUGUUGGUCUUAGUAAAUGCCAUUUAUUUCAAAGGAAAGUGGGAAAAGAAAUUUCUGGAGAAAAAUACUUCUGAGAUGCCCUUCAGAAUAAGCAAGACCAAGACUAAACCAGUACAGAUGAUGUUUUUGAAAGACACAUUUUUCAUACUCCGUGAAACCACCUUGAAAUUCAGAAUCAUUGAGCUGCCAUAUGUAAAAAAUGAACUCAGCAUGUUCAUUCUCCUACCUGAUGACAUCAAUGAUAACACUACUGGCCUGGAGCUGGUGGAAAGAGAGCUGACAUAUGAGAAAUUGGCUGAAUGGACCAAAUCAGACAAUAUGAUGAAAGCUGAAGUGGAUCUGUACCUGCCCAAGUUGAAAGUGGAAAAGAAUUAUGACCUUAAAUCUCCUCUGAGCAGCAUGGGGAUAAGAAAUGCUUUUGACCCAGGUCAGGCUGAUUUCACAGGGAUGUCAGUGAAGAAGGAUCUUUUCAUCUCACAAGUCAUUCACAAAGCUUUUGUGGAAGUCAAUGAAGAAGGUACCGAGGCAGCAGCUGCCACAGGUGUCUUGAUGAUGAGAUCAAGAGUCCCAACAAUGACUUUCAAGGCUGACCACCCUUUUCUUUUCUUCAUCAGACACAACAAAUCACAAACCAUCCUCUUCUUCGGCAGGUUUUGCUCACCCUAGUCAGUGAACCCUUGAGCUGCAAACCAGGAGACUCUUGCUUGCUAGCACAGAGGCAAACCCCACACCUGAAGCUCUCUGCAACUGGGGGGGUGGGACUUGAACCUCUUCUUCAUCAGACCACAUACCCUGGCGCCUGAGGCAUAGCUCCUCCAAUGCCUCCUUCCUAAGCUGAAGGGACAACCACGGCAUUGCCACUGGGGAGUGUGCGAUGCCUUGCACCGACAGAGCAAUCCUGGCUGCCAUUCGGAUCAGGCCUUACCACUAUAAGCUACGGCAUUUCUACCUCUCCCACUCACAGCACUGCACACAAGUAUAUUUUGCCAAAGGCUUUCUACUCACCCUCUUAAGGAGGGCUGCUUACCCUGAUGUGGUCCUAGC